AUGAAUGAACGUAUACAGCGACAGCUGUUGGCACAAGAAGAGCUGACAUUCAAGAGGGUGUAUGAAUUAGCCAUCGCACACAAAACAGCUGAAAAGAAUACCACAGAGUUAAAGCAGAAGGAAGAAAUGAGUAUGUCUGGCAACCCAGAAGGAGAGUCCGUACACCAGUUACAGAAGCAGCCUGUACACCAGUUACAGAAGCAACGAGUACUCAAGGCAGUGAGGAAAAUGGCUCAGAAAGAGGACAACGGUAGAGGUACAUACAAAAUCGACUAUGAGGAGGCGGAGUCGGAUACAAUCGAGGAUGAGGAGGUUGAGUGGAUUAGCAGCAAUAUUGACACGUUGCACAAAGGAAAGGAGAAGCCUAUGAAGACAACGGUGACCACACAAGGACAGCCACUCGAGCUGGAAACAGCGACGGGAGCGAGUGUCAUUAUUGUGACCAAAUCAACAUGGACGUCAGUCUGGAAGAAAGGUGAAGCACCAUUGAAGGUUACAAAGAUGCUGAAGACAUAUACUGGGGAGUCGGUACCUGUAAGUGAAAUGGCAGGCUCUGGCCCGAGUUUAGUAGGAAGAGUUCACCUUUUGGAGGCAAACCCUCACCAAGGGAAAGUGGAAGAGUUAUUGUUAUCACACAGUGAAGUGUUCAGUGGGAGGUUAGGCAGAUUGCAAGCCGCGAUAGUGAAAUUACCAGUGACAGAAACGACGAGUCCCAAGUUUUACCGACCAAGACAGGUACCGUAUGCUGUGAGAGAGAAGAUAGAAGAAGAAUUGUUUGACCUUACAAAGCUGGAAUUAUUGAGCCAAUUCACUAUUCGGAUGAAUCAAGUGUUGAAAUGUGAUACUUAUCUGAUUCCACGCAUUGAAGACUUGUUUGCUCGAAUUGCAGAAGGACAGCAGUUUACAACCCUGGAUUUGAAUAAAGCAUAUCAACAGCUUGCACUUGAUGAGAACUCACGAAAGACAGGCUUACAUCCGGACAAGGGACGAAUUCAGGCAAUAAUGGAAGCACCCAGACCACAAAAUGUGACAGAAUUAAAAGCGUACCUAGAAUUGCUAUCGUAUUAUGGCAAAUUCUUACAGAAUUGUGCUGUAUUGGCUCAAAGAGAGAAGAACGGAAAAGAACAUCCAGUAGCAUUUGCAUCAAGAACAUUGAUGAAAGCGGAGAUGAAUUAUGCACAGGUGGAAAGAGAAGCAUUAGCAGUAAUUUUUGGUCUACAAAGACUUCACCAAUAUCUGUUGGCAGAGAGUUUGUGCUAG